AUGAUGUACGGAUCGGAGACUUGGGCAGCACCAUCAACGGUUAUGGAGAGGCUUGACUGCACGGAACGAAAGCUGCUUACAUGGCUACUUGGCUACUUUUGGCCUAGGGUAUGUCACGAUGAAGAUCUUUACGCAGAAAUUGAUGUGGUAUACCGGCGGAUGACACGUGGAAAACAUCAACAUCUUGCACCGCCAUCGAAAGUGGCGAAAGUAAAUCGUCUUUGCUUCUUUGGUCAUAUAUUAAGGAGACCGGCAGAUCGCCUUGUUCAACGAGUUCUGAGGAGUUCGUCGGGUUCGAGCUGGAAGAGGCCACCUGGCCGAAAACGGAAGUUCUGGACUGAGGCGGUGAAAGAGGACCUGAGGACACUCGGCGUGGCUAGGCAGUUCAGGCGAGACGCAAGGUUUCGCAGAAUAUGGAAUAGCGACGAAUGGAUUGAUUCUGUGCAAGCUCUCGCACGGCACACCUCGGCGAAGAUGCGGGUAAUCGCGUCAGGCGAUGACAUCAGCCCGCCGAUUAAGUCAAUUCGAAGCUCUGAACUAUUCGAUUUCAGAAACGAUCCUGCAUUUGAGCCAGAGUUGAUACAAACAGCUGCUCAAGCUUACGAAGCGCUGACAUUUUCAGAAAACAUAGCAACAAAGUUCUGGGAGAAAUGGAAUACUGAAUAUCUCAUUAUUUUACAUGAAAUCCACAGGUAUCAAAUGAAUCAGAAACGUCAUGUGAGUAAAAUCCCACAAAUCGGCGAAAUUGUAUUGUUUGAACAGGAAUCAAUGCCCAGAGGACAAUGGGUAUACGGUAAAAUAGAACAGUUAGUACCGAGCGCAGACGGCAUGAGAAGGUCCGCUAAAAUUCUAAUGCCUAGCCACAAAAUUUUGCAAGGACCAGUCAAUAAAGUAUACCCUCUAGAAAUUCGUUCAGAGCCUGACAACCAACAAUUGGUUGAACGAAACUCUGAGAUCAUGGUUAAUGGUAUCCAUAUGCCAACUGCAGCUCAGUCCAGAAAUCAUCUAGCCAGAACCUCCAAAUCUCGCGCUUUAAACGUCAUUCGAGAAUUCGAAGCAGACCUCGACAGAUCAGUGACCCUUACAUCUGCUCGAUCAACAGUAUCCUGCCUAAUAACGGCAUCGUUAUCCUUCUUUCUAAUCAACCCGGGUGAUGCGUAG